GUAACACAUACCUUUAGAACUACUUCUUGGUUUUCGAUCGUAUCGAGUUUCAUUAAGUUUUUGAUUGAGUUAGUUUCCACUAAGAACAUAUAUACAACAAUGGCCGAAGGAGGACAGCGUAAACCGGUGGCGGCUUUUCUUUUGGUGCUGAAUUUCUGCAUGCACGUCGUGCUCUUGGCCAUCGGCGGUUGGGCUAUGAACAAAGCCAUUGAUCACGGCUUCAUCAUUGAUACCGGACUUAAGCUCCCGGCAAACUUCUCUCCGAUAUUCUUUCCGAUGGGGAACGCGGCCACAGGAUUCCUGGUCACAUUUUCGCUGAUCGCCGGAGUUGUUGGAGUGGCAUCUGUCAUCGCCGGAGCAAACCACAUCCGCCGUUGGAACGUUACGAGCAUGCCCGCCGCUGUUUCUGCCGCCGCUAUUGCCUGGGCUCUCACUGCCCUUGCCAUGGGGUUCGCUUGGAAAGAGAUUGAGCUAGGCUUUAGGAAUGCCAAGCUGAGAACAAUGGAAGCAUUCACAAUUAUCCUCACUGUUACCCAGUUGCUGUACAUAGCAGCCAUCCAUGGCCCUGCAAGGGCGCAAUAAUAUAACAUAGAGCAACCAUAUAUUAUACAAUCUCCCCACAUAUAUUGCAUGUUCAAAUGAAUUGUCAUCAUCAUC